AUGGCGAUCCUGGCCGUGGAUCCAGUGCGAUCGGGGUCGGAUCACGACUCGUUUGUCUGGCGGACAACAUGGCUGCGCCGGCGGUUCCAAGCCGGGCGCAGCGCGAAUCCCGCGGAAUACCGUCUCGGUGACAGUGGCUACCUCUUGGAGCCGUGGAUCCAGCCCCCGGUUGCCGGCCAUCCUCCAACGCAAACAGCCGAGGGAAAGCACAACACAGCACAUACCGCCAUGCGUUCUCGGUACCGCACCCUCCUCUACGAGCCGGAACGUGCAGCCAACAUUGUCGCGGCAUGUGUUGUGUUGCACAACCUUCGGCUGUUCGACGACGUAGAAGAGGAUAAUGAAAGUCAUGACAACAGCAGCAAGAGCAGAAGUAGUAGCGAGCUUGACAAUAACGCCGACCCCAAACCAUACGGCCUGCCCCGAAACAGGGGUCUCGAUUGGAUUAUCUGA